AGGAAGAAAAAAAAACAAACAACGAAAACAAUCACCAUGCCGUUAUAUUAUCUGUAAUACAGGUAAAAUAAAUUCCUUUUUUUUUUUAUUUACUCAGGGCGGUGGGUAUGCAUGGGCUCUGUUCGUGACUUUGCCUUAAUCAACCGAGUCUGGAAAAGUCCAUAGAUCCAGUAAUUUGUAAACGAUCGAGUAGUGCGGCUUAUCGAACAACGCGUCAGAUACAGGAAGGAAAGUCACAGCGGCAGCACGUGCGAGCAGCCUGUGAGGACAAAAGAAGUUUGAAAUACACGUAAGCCGUAGAAACAGUCUUAACCAUUAUCAUGAAAUGUUUAGUAUUGUGUAGAAACUGUAUGUACUGGGUUUUUCAGAGGCCGCUCACAUAGGCAUUUGAUUGUUUUAAUAGAGAAAGAGUUUAAUCAGACAAAUUGAAAUUCAUACAUUGUGAUUGGUAUGAUCGUUAAGUUUAGUUCCGGAGGCUGGAUACAUUUUGUGUCAUGGAUUAAAUUACAAACGUGAGGAUGAGUCGGUGACAGUAUUGAUUGGAUAUCACUGACAUGGACGGUCAUGGCGGUCCAUUGAGGGACCAUGGAUCAUCGGCCAAGCUGUACAAUCCAACGGAAUCGGACAUCAAAGAUCACAGGUCGCAUUCCACAGUUUUCAUUGGUUUACAUUUGCCAAAGCAGAAGUACCGACAUAAACGUCGAAAGCAUCAUCGAAUUACAGGGGACAAAACUGUGAAUGGACAAGUCAACAAAGAUGAAAUCACUCACCCGGCCCAGCGAGUUCAGUUCUUGUUGGGGGAGGAUGAAGAUGAAGAACACAAGGCUCACGAUUUGUUCUGUGAGAUGGAAGAACUCUUCUAUAAUGGAGACCAAAUAGAAUGGAAGGAAUCUGCGAGGUGGAUUAAGUUUGAGGAGGAUGUGGAGGAAGGUGGAGAGAGGUGGUCCAAGCCACAUGUGGCCACACUGUCCCUCCACUCACUGUUUGAACUGAGAUGCAGCAUCCUUAAUGGAACAGUGAUGCUAGACGUUGAGGCCCAUGACCUUUCUUCUCUAAUGGAGCUUGUGAUAGAUAAAGCUGCGGCAGCCAAGCAGUUGGAAGAAUCCCUGAAAGAUAAAGUCUUGGAGGUUCUCUUGCUCCGCCAUCGGCAUCAGAACCAGAAAAAAGGAGCGGAGAACGGAGGCGGCAAGCUUCACCUUCCAAGCAUCAAGUCAUUUGCUGACAUUGGAAAGAAAGGAUCUGUUCCCAAGGCUCUUGGGAAUAAUGGGGAUGAAAGAGAUUCUUCCAUAUUAAAAAAUGGUCGUUUACUGACAGCAAAAAGUACCCCCAACUUUCACCGGUCUUUAAGCCCAGAAAGUACAGAAACAAAUUUAGAAGUGACACCUACUUAUGCAGGAUCACUAGUCACCAAUACCAGUACCAAUGACCUUCAGCGCGAAAAAGCAGGAAAGAACUUGCAUUUUAUGAAGAAAAUUCCACUAGGAGCAGAAGCUGCAAACAUUCUGGUAGGGGAGGUGGAUUUUCUGACAUACCCCAUGGUGGCGCUUGUCCGACUUCUCCAUUCUUUUGUCAUGCCUGACCUGACGGAGGUUCCCGUACCCACCAAGUUUGUCUUCAUUAUGCUGGGACCCAUGGGUAACCAGAGUAAAUACCAUGAGAUUGGGAGAGCUAUUGCCACUCUGAUGUCGGAUGAAGUGUUCCAUGAUGUAGCGUAUCACGCUCGCAACAGAGACGACCUGCUGGCUGGGAUUGACGAGUUCCUGGAUCAAGUCACAGUUCUCCCCCCUGGAGAGUGGGACCCCAGUAUCAGAAUAGAACCCCCCAAACAGAUCCCCUCUCAGGAGAGCAGGAAGAACUUUGCAGGAAACCCUCCUCUUCCCAACGGUAAAGUGGUGGAGUUUGAUGUGGAGGAAUUAGGUCAUGAAGAUCCCAGCCUUAGGAGAACAGGAAGGUUUUGCGGGGGUCUGUUUGAUGACGUAAGACGGAAGAUCCCUUGGUACCUGUCGGACUUCCGGGAUUGUCUACACUUCCAAUGCUUAGCCUCGUUUGUCUUUCUGUAUUUUGCCAGUCUAACGCCAAUCAUCACAUUUGGAACAUUUCUAGCAGAUGAAACCAAUAACUCAAUGGGUGCCCUGGAGAGUAUAUUUGCAGCAGCGUUGUGUGGAGUCAUCUACGCAUUGUCUGCGGCACAACCACUGGCUAUAUUGGGAUUCACAGGUCCUGUGCUGGUGUUUGAGAAAAUUCUCUAUGACCUAUGCAAUGAGAAUGGCUGGGAUUAUCUGGAAUUCCGCUUUUGGAUUGGAAUGUGGAUUGCAGCCAUCUUGCUGUUCAUUGUGUUAUUUGACCUAUCUGCACUUGUGCAGUUUGUAACACGCUUCACAGAGGAGGGCUUUGCAUUACUGAUUUCCCUCAUUUUUGUUUUUGAAGCAUUUGAAAAGUUAAUCCAUGUGAUGAAGCAUCACCCAAUCCAUUUCUCUGAUGUUCCUAUAAUAGAGCAAUGCUCUGGUCUCUGUGCUUCUCCUUACUGGAACGGCAGCCAUAUUUUUAAUGAUACAAAUCAAUGGAGAGAAAAUGUAACAGAUCUGUGGUCAAACAAGAGUAUGCAGGACUGUGUGUUAGAUGGAGGAAACUGGACCAUUCCCGGGGUGGAUGUACAUAAGCAAGAGCCCGAGGUGUUCUUUAUGUCUGUGAUAUUGUUCUUUGGGACAUUUUCCACAGCCAUGACUCUGAAGGGAAUGAAAUCUAAGCCUUUCUUUCCUAGUCAGGUGAAGCAGUUUUUGAGUGAUUUCUGUGUUGUCAUAGCGAUUGUCAUGAUGGUUAUGGUCGAUGUAGUCUUUGACAUUCACACUCCAAAACUGAAAGUGCCGUCUGAAUUUAAGCCAACAGAUGUAACGCGCCCAUGGAUCGUAGAUCCGUUUAAACACAAUCCAUGGUGGCUGGUCUUCGCAGCUUUGCUUCCCGCUCUUCUUGCCACAAUCUUAUUGUUCAUGGAUCAACAAAUCACUCUAGUCAUCAUUAACAGAAAAGAAAACAAGCUAUUGAAGGGACAUGGAUACCACUUGGACUUACUUCUGGUGGCUUGUCUGGUAGUGGUCUGCUCUAUUUUGGGGUUGCCGUGGUAUGUGACGGAGACCGUACUCUCCAUUACACAUGUGAUGUCGCUGAAGAGAGAGUCCGAGUGUUCAGCUCCGGGGGAGAGUCCCAAGUUCCUUGGGGUUUGGGAACAGAGAGGAACUGGGAUAGCCAUCAGUGUGAUGAUCGGAGCCUCAGUUCUCCUGACUGAUGUUCUGAAGUAUAUUCCUAUGCCGGUGUUAUACGGCGUGUUCCUCUAUAUGGGUGUCUCUUCAUUACACGGGAUGCAGUUGGUGAACCGGAUCCUCAUCUGGUUCAUGCCCCAGAAGUACCAGCCCGACUACAUGUAUCUCCGACACGUCCCCACCAGGAGGGUCCACCUCUUUACAGGCGUUCAAGUUCUCUGUCUCGUCGUGUUGUGGGUCAUCAAGAGUAUCCAUAAAACUUCAAUUACUUUCCCAAUCAUGGUGCUGGGUAUGUGCUUUGUCCGCAAAGGGAUUGAAAAGAUUUUUACUCAGGAAGAAUUGAAAUGGCUGGAUGACAUCAUGCCUGAGGUUCACAAACGUGCAAAGGAAGAUGAACUAAAACGCCAGGACAAAAAGGAAACCCACCAUGGAUCUCAAGUUCUGAACAGUUCAGGAACUGUGCAAGUACCGCUAAUCAGUGGCAAUGUCAUCAAUAUACCUGUGGAGCGAAUCACGGUUACCACGGAACCAGAAAUCAACAUCUCGGAGGAAAUGUCCAAAACGACACUAUGGAAAACAAUUGUCGCCAACGAAUCUUUCAACAGUCUGACAAACCUGGAGGCAUCGUCACAGAAAAGAAAACACAAACACAGAAAGAGCAAUAAAAGAAUGUCGCCUGUCGCUGGCGGUCCACCCGAUGAGAAAGAGUCCCUGAGUAAUAAAGAGAGCAACACCCCACUGUUCUACAUCGUGGAGGACGAGACCGAUACUUUACUGGAGCCGAAACCCAGUAACAUUGCGAACACCAAAGUCUAGGACAGGGUGGAUGGGAUACAUUUAUUAUGUUUUUAUUUUAUCCAUCAUAUUGUACUGUAACAGAAUUUUGAUAUUUUUAGCAGUAAUUUUAGACUGUAAACUUGUAAGUUGUGUCACAUCUUGUGUUGUGGAUUCUUGUUUUUGCUGGGGUUCUGGUUGUUUGUCUCUUUCAUUCAGCAUAGUCUCCAAAGAGCACAAUGUUUAUCUGUUUUCUUUGUUGAUUGAAGAAUGUGAAUUUUGUCCACAAAGGAUGUUUUAUCUAGUGAGUGCACAAAGUCAAAUUAAGAAUGGGUAAUGAAAAUGAAAUCUCAUAAAUAUUUAACGACUGAGUCAGGUUCCACUGUAAUAUUUUCACGUGGUUUUGACUUAAUUUUUCCAUCGUAGCUCUAACACAGGCGUAGAGCUGGUCUUCACAUUCUUUGGGAUUUUGUUUUUACAUUUUUGACUUUGAAAGUUCAUUACAGAUGCCGUUUUACAUUUGAAAUGAGUUUUCACGGGGGUGGGGACCCCCAAGAAAUCUCCAUUUAUAAGUACACACUAUAGUGAAUUGUGAUUUGAUACUCCUUUACUGCAUGUUUUUUUGUCUUGAUCCUAUUUCAUGUAAAUUUAUAUACACACAUACACAGUUGAAACUGUAUGAUUAGAACCUUUAUAAUCAGAUACCUGCAUACUCCAUAAUGGACCAUGAAUUCCAACUCUAAUUUCAAUACCAAUUGUCUUUUAUUUAAAUUCUCAACACAGUGCCAUCUUAACAUUCUGUCCAAUCCAACACAACAUGUCAUUCCUAGAGAAUGUACGACUGUAGACAUAUGAAUGGAUAUUUUUUAGCUUCGAUAUCUUUACCAAUUGAAAUGAUGGCCAUUUCCUCAUGAAUGUGAAUCUCAAUUAAUAUAGUACGAUUAAUUAAACGGCUGGGAAUAUUGUGACAGAAAUGAAAAUAAAAUGUAAAUACAAUUGUAUAAGAAAUAAAUUUCAUUUUUGAAAAUACAUGACGGUAAUAAACAGCAAAAUUUCACCCCAGCAUACUUUUCAUGAAGCAUUGACGCACUUCGGAAAUAUGCUGGCGUAAAGCAUCACUGUUCCUGCCCAUGAGUAUUUUCAAAAAUGAAAUCUAUUUCUUUACAGUAUAUAUUGUGUACAUACUUGCCUACACAUAAUUCCUACUUGUAAAUACUAAUACAUGUAAAUUAUAUUGCUGAGUAUUUGACUUUGUUGUUAGAAGAGGGCUAUCAUUGCAUUGCCUGCUGCCCGGUUCUGUUAAGAUAACAGUGUAUUGGAUAUUGUUUAAUGUACACAGUGACAUUUUAAAGUUUUUUAGCACUUGAGCUUGAGACUAUAUACUUGUUUUUAACGUGAUAGAAGUUCAUUCAUUAUUCAGAAAUUGAAAAACAUCAAAAUUUUCAAGAAAUAUUUCAAUUUUAAAUCUUGCAAAUAUGCCCUCUUGUUGUUAAAUACACCAUGUUUAUAAAAUAUAGCAUUGGGAAUGAAAUCACAGAAAGUGUGAACUGGUUAUGACAUGAAUAAAGAAUUGUAGAGAUUUUUGGUAUAAAUUUUUAUUUUGAUUUGGUGUGUGCCAAACAAUGACAUUGAUAUAUAUUAAAACAGAGAUGUCAUAUUUUUAUAUGUCUCAUUUUUAUCCAGUAGUGCUUUCAUAAUCUUAGUUUUGAUUUUACAUGUAUGUUGUGCUGAGGUAUUUAUUUUAGGUUUUAAUUAAAUGUAAUAUUCUGAACCUGAAUGCUUCUAUGGUAUGUAAAUAUAUGUACCAGCUCAAUUGCACUAUUGUGUUUAUGUAUUCAUGUUAUUUCUUUUAUUUCUUACUUUUAAGAAACAAGUACAUGUUAAUAUUGAAUUUUUCAAAUUUAAUUUAUAAUUGUCAUACUUAUAAGUGUUCCUGAUUGAAAUAAUACAUAUGUAGCAUGCACAGUCCAACAAUGUGGUAUCCGAAUUUGUAUUUUGUUGCAAUCAAAAUAAAGAUUCCUAGCAUCAUUGUACAUGCAAGUUUCUAUAAGUUAUCCAUUAGUGCCGAUUUUUACGGGCAAGUCUUUUAAUCACGGAGCAUGUCUCCAAUGUUUUUGGUUAUUGUUUUUGAAAUGCAAGAAUCUCAAAAUCAAAAGGAACUCAUUUUUACUUCCAAGUAUUACUUGUUUUGUAUGUAUAUUGUGCCUGCAUUAAUUGACCUUGAAAUUACAACCUGUGUUUUACCAGUGUUUGCCAUGUGUUUUGUUGUUUUUUUGGGUCUAUUUUUUAACUGUCUCUAUCCAUUUAUAUAUAUAUAUAUAUUUAAGGAUGAGACGGGAAUUGAGUGAAGUGAUUUAUCAUAACACGUGAAUUAUAUAGAUAUUUCAUGUUGCACAGGAAAGGGUCAAUGUAUGUGUGAAUUUGAUAAAAAUGUGACAGUUCAAAAAUUAAAUCUGUAUGAUCGAA